AUGCCAAGCUUGCAGAUGGGCGACGCGAGCGACCACCGGCGAAUGUCCGUGCGGAUCCCGGGUCCGCCAUCUCUUCCUUCCUCACCCUGCACCCAUGUAAUUGUAAAAAUGCACGAUUAUUUUCAGAUCAGUGCCGCCUCCAUCACCGACCAACCAGAAGAAUCACCAGAAAUACAACCCUUCCGCUUCUUUGACCUACCUCAGGAACUACGCUUCAUGAUCUACGAAGAACUGAUGGACAACACAAAGAACGACCUGAAAUAUGUGCAACCCAGGGGGUUCGAAGUCGAAUCGGUCUACAUCGAUGAAUUACACUAUCCGAGCAUGUUGCGGGUCUGUAAGAUGAUGAAUCAAGAGUAUUGGAACUUGUGUCUGAGAGGAGCGAGUUUGUGGAUUACUUAUAGUCUUCCUGAUCCUUUGAGUUCUGAUGGAGAGGACAGCGAGGAUGAAGGCUUGGACGACGACGAUGAGAUUCCACUGCUUUCAACAUGGGUGAAAAUCCCAAAGGAAGCUCUGGCAAAACUCGGAGAUGUGGUUUUCAAAUUCGAAGCAAGAUGGAAUCUGCCACUGAUCAAUCCAUUCUCUGGCAUUGCCCGAUGCACACUCGAGAUGCCUAGCCUGAAAUCCUUGCUCUUAUAUUCAGAGAUAGAAAUGUGGAUCAUCGAGUCCGCCGCCGAGCAAGACGAUAAAAACCUUGGCUUUCAAUGGUUCGUCAACGGCCUAUUCCACGAACAACAUCUCCUCUUCGACAUCGAAAAGGAACAUGAUCGCAAAGUCGAAACAAGCGUAGGUGGCGGCCUGUACUCCCCUCUCUACGAGAUGAACAAGAGAUACCGAUAUCCCCGACGCAGGCAUUUGGCUCAAGGUAUCGCACCAGUUGCCGGGCUGCCGGAGUGGGGGUAUGCGAUUUAUAAGUUCGUGCCUCCGUGGAGUUGUCCGGAUGACAAUGCUUUCGAUUAUCAUGGCCAGCAGGUGAUCUUCGAGCAUGUGGAAUAUGCAUUGCCUGUGCCUGAGCGUAUUGACUUUUGGGAGAGCUGUAGUGAGGAUGAAUAUGACUGGAACGACGGCUCGGAUUGGGCUAUAGGCAGAGCAAGCAGGGUCUGAUUGGCGGAGGAAUCCAAUGAGAGCGGCCAAAGAUUCUUGCAUCUUUGCAACAUAAGGAAAGCUUGUUGUUGGAGAUGGAGGUUGGGCGGUGCGGAUAUUACGGCAGAUGCCAGGUCAGUCCUGGAGGACAGCUCUCAUACACAAUCGCUGGACCACGUUCGGAAACCAAAAGAAAGCACCGUGCAUUACGACA